AUGUCAAACCGAACUUCACCAGUGCCCAACCUCGAUCUGAGCUCGUGCAAGACCGAGUCGAAAAAAGAGAAGGUCUCAUCGCCUGUGACGCCAGGUGAUCACAGUUCAGACGGACAGAGCCCCUUAACACCACGUUCGCCCAAGUCUGCAUCGAGCUCUCCACUCUUCAAGGGCGCAACAAUUCGCCCCGUCACGCAGGACUCCGACAGCAAGGCAACCAGCCCUACUCUCUCACUUUCUCCUGGCACAGGCCCCGCCGAGCCUACGACACCCGGUAUCACGGCCAUUCCUCAACAUUUCCCUUCUCCCAAAGACUCAAGGCACACGCGCGAUGCCUCGAGAUCAUUUUUCGGCAACCUCAAAGCACCGAAAUCAUCACACAAGUCGCAACAUUCAGAUAGCUCGGAGAACUCCACCGAACAUUCCAAGAGCAGAGGCAGCUCUAGAGAACGGAAGACCCCAAUGACUUCGAAACAAUACGAGUCAACGCCUGAUCUUCCAGGGACACUUGCCCGUGCGAACGGAACCGAAAGGACUAAUGGACUCUCAGGCCACAAUACUUCGCAGCAAACAGGCACCAAGAAAGUCGGUACCGAUCUAGACUCCGCUGCGCCGAAGAAGAACAAACAGCGAUUUGCCAACCUUUUGACCCGAUCUCGCUCCAUUCGAGUUGACGACUCCUCCGGACCCAGAGCACCACGCCGACGCCCCUCUACUGGUCUGGCGAAACUUGAAGAGUUCAAUCAAGGUACAACAACGACCGCGAAUCCACCUCGUUGUGCGACUGCGACUACGCGACCCGAACGCGCUGUCCGGGGAGGCUUGCAGCCCCCUGAGCGCCAAGCCGAUACUGUGUCUUUGCGCAAAGAGCGUAGCCACGGUAAUAUGGUUGCAUCGGGUUCGUUAAGUCAAGUUUCCGGCGCCUCGGCUACCAUUUUCAGCAAUCUGAAGUCUUCAUCAAGCGGCACUGCAGAUCGUAUUGGCAAGGCCGGGAAAGGAUUCUUCAGUAAGAUCACCCGCAGCGGCAGCACCAACGAGAGAGAGAUGAUCACCGAUGACUCGUACACGUGCUCGGUGAUCAACCUCCCGCUCAUCGAGCAGGCGAGAAAGACCCGUAUUGCGAAGAAGCUCGAGGACUGUCGAGACAAGACCGAGUUCUGGAUGCCUGCCUUGCCAUACCGCUCAAUUGAUUAUCUAAACUUCAAGGGUUGUGAGGAAGAGGGCCUUUACCGUGUUCCCGGUAGUGGCAGGGAGGUCAAGCACUGGCAACGACGAUUUGACACAGAACUCGAUAUCGAUCUCUUCGAAGUCCCUGAUCUUUACGACAUCAAUACGGUUGGAUCCCUCUUCAAAGCAUGGCUUCGUGAGCUUCCGGAUGAGCUUUUCCCCAAGUCAACGCAAACGAUGAUUGCUAUGAAGUGCGAAGGCGCCACGACCGCACCACAGCUACUCAAAGACGAGCUCUCCAAGUUACCACCAUACCAUUACUAUCUCCUCUUCGCCAUCACCUGUCACCUCAACCUCCUUCACUCGUACGUGGACCAAAACAAAAUGGACUACCGCAACUUGUGCAUUUGCUUCCAGCCCUGCAUGAAGAUCGACGCAUUCUGCUUCCAAUUCUUGGUAUGUGACUGGAAGAACUGCUGGCAGGGAUGUUGGACCGAGAAGGAAUACCUUGAGAUUGAGAAAAAGAUGGACGAGCGUGACCUGCGGGUCUCAGAAGAGCAGGAGGCCGCCAAGGCAAAGGAACGCGCGUCUGCCAGCCAUGAACGCGCUGUCUCGUCUUCCAGCAGCAGUGCUGGGGAAGAACCUCGUCAGCCUCCUCGUGAGCUAGCUCGCCCCGCGACCUCACGCUUAGAACCCACUCGCCCAGAAACUGCUCGUCCAGCUACCGCUCGCACCCGAAAGGCUCCGCCGAAGAAUAUCGAGACGGCACACAACCGGAGCAUCUCUCAGCUUCCCGAGCUUGGCCCACCGCUCUCUCCUAUCAAAAUCUAA